UACAAGACAUUUGUGAGCAUUUUAUCGUCGGGCAACUUUUGUGACUUUAGAUACUUUCCUAAUUUCGAGAGUCACACGCCGGCACGCGCAACCCGCGUCACCACUCGUGUAUUCCCGCGUGGAGAGGACAACAUCUGGUGAUGUUUAUAAAUACCUCGGCGUGCCAAACAUUCAGGCUUUAAACCAAACAGACUGAAACCGACUAAGAGGUACCUUUCAUUUAAGCUGCAUGUGACAUAUUUCUUUGUCGUGAAUGCAAGGGUCCCGCAGUGACUCUGAGACCGAGACCAUUUCAUCUACAUUGAGAAAAUCAAGUGGCAUCUAUAAUUACAGGAACUUUAGAGCGGCGUCAGCGAUAUACCCAAUCAAUAUGGCAUUUGCGCUUUUAAUAAUAAAACCCCUUCUGUCAAAAUAUUCUCAAGCAAGAUGUAUAAUCAAUCUCUUAUCAGCCAGUUGUUGACUUCCACACUCGGGUUGAUCAUAAAAAGCACAAUUUCUUAAGCAAAUGUAUUUCCUGUUUAUAGAGCUUUGUCUCGGGUGGAAAAUAACGCGCUUGCCGAAAUGAUAUGCUUUUUUUCUCUCUGGCAAAUUUGAUUAACUACAACAGCAUUCCAAGCUUUCUUCACCUGUAAGCAAAUAUUACAAAUAUCGAUCAACGCUUAAAGUCGGUACGUGACGAUUCCGUAUUAUAUUUUAUGAGAUUUCCGAGUAACAAAAAUGGAGUUAAACGAAAGCUCAACACAACCUGGCAUCAAGGAGGCCCUUUCCUUUAAAGUUUUCAAGAUCACAUUCUAUUCUUUGAUUCUUCUGCUGUGCCUCGUUGGAAACUCGAUGGUUGUCUUCGUAGUCUGCAGAACAAAACGUAUGAGAAUCCCUUCCAAUCUGCUGAUUCUUAACCUCGCGUUGUGCGAUUUAGUCACACCAAUAACAAGCAUCCCCUUUGAUUUGGCUUUGGAAGAAAAUGACUACAUAUGGCCAUUUGGAAGAGUUCUCUGCAAGACACUUUGGCCUCUAGCGACUCUUUCAGCGACUUCAGCAUCGCUUACACUAGCAUUCAUCUCGUUGGACCGCUAUCGAGUUAUCAUGCACCCUUUUAGACAAAGACUGAGCUCCAAACAAGUGAAAUACGCAAUAGGGAUAAUUCAUGUGUUGUCUCUGUUGUUGGUUUCGCCUUACAUCUACUUUCUGGACUUAGUGAGCCUGAAAUGCGAAGAAACAUGGCCUGCGUUUUCCUACAGGCAAGCCUACACCGUUGUGCUCUUCGUUGUCCAGUAUGGAAUACCCUUAGCUUUUAUGAGCGUCAUGUACACGAUAACGUUGUCUAACUUGCGAUUGAGUUCCGGCAUGUUUGAAAGCGCUCCACAGCCUCGUCCGAGUCGCGUCAGCGUGGAUGGAAACAUGAAUCAAGGCAGCAGUCGACUGGACAUAGCUCGCGAUUGUCAGCGUAAAGCAAGUAAGGUAACUCUCGGGCAGCGACAUGAUAGUGUCGUUGGCAGGGACCAAAAUAUUCGAGCAACGAAAAUGUUUGUCACAGUGGUCAUUGUCUUCGCGACUUGCAGGCUGCCCAACGAGAUCUUCUGGCUCUGGUCGGAUUUUGGCGAUGGACACCAGAGUCAGUACUCUAACGUAGCCGGGAUAAUAUGCAGGAUGUUCACAUACACCAACAGUAUUUUCAACCCGGUUAUUUACUGGAUAUUCAGCAAGGACUUCCAAAAAGGAUUUAACAGAAUAUUUACCAGCUUGUGGAAGCGGAAACGAAGCGGGUUAUCCGAUGACGAAUUGGAUCAGGAUGAGAAACGAUUUCAUAAACUCAGCACUUUGAGUGAUUCAAUCUCUUUUGUAUGGAGAAAAUUUAGCCGAUCCAGAAGUGAAACUAACUCUCCGUCAGACUUAAGGGAGAACCAGGCAUUUUUAAAGCCAAGAAAUGGCGGCAGUUUAGACAGUUCUCCUAUUAGAGUACCAAAGAUUUCGAUUGACUUCAACGAGAGUGGUGUGAACGGAUUCAAGGACUCAUUAGGAAAUGGUAAAAAGAAAAGCUUAACGACUCAAUUUGAUGAUUCUAAUAGUUUUCUAACGCUACCAUCACAAUCGAGACUCGCUAAAUUGAGUGAGGAGUCUUUGUGUGAUGUUGCAGAACAGCAACCCGUCAAAAUCAGGCGAUUUGGCACGGUUGAACCGCCGAGGGAACAAACUAUAAGCGAAUAUCAUGUUAUUAAAAAAAGUGCGACUGAUGACCUUUUACCAAAUGAAGUGGCUGAUGAAAAAACUAGGCCUUCGGGUUCAGCGGAAAUGGAAAAGUGUCAAAAGCAGCCGACUUGUAAUGGAUCGCACUUACAAAUCAAUCUGGAGCCUAACUGCAUUAAAAGCAACAAAGACUAUAACAAUGUGUACGAAAAUCAAACUCUAACCCGACAAGAUUUAACACCUGUUUACUUCAAAAACUCAUCUUCACUUCUGAAGGAAACAGAAUUCAGAGAAACAACAUGUUAAUCUUCGUAUCAUCUAUAUAAAAUUACAUGAAUGCAUUCAAUUCAAAGCAAGACAUAUCUUUUCGCGAGCAAAAUCAUUAUUUUAAUUGUCACACUCGUUAAUUAUGCGCACCCAGCUUUGUGGCUACUGAGAGUGUCAACUGGUGAAUGGAAACAUUAGACGUGUUUUACCUUAUUUCUCAGCGGUGUAUCGCCCGGCCCAUAAAUUCCGAUAUUGACCUCUGGCAAUAGAGUUAUAAAUAGUCAUCGAAAACUCUUAAGGUAUAAGCCUUUUACACGACAUUUAUAAGACAACAAGGGCUUAAAAGUGUGAUUACACGUAGAUGUACAUAAACCUCUUGCAACAUCAAUAUCAGUUUCUCUCAAAAUCUUAAAUUGACACAUUGUUGAAUAAACUGAACCGUUUGGUGUUGUGUUUGUAAAUAGCUGCAGGAGAUUGAACUGAAUUUCUGCUGGAAAUCAAAACCCAACAAAAGAAAAAACUGUAGCUCAGCAAGACAACACCAAUAUAAAUUCAGUGGACCGAAUUUAUUUAGUCAAGCAACAGAGUCGCCUUUUAAUAGUCAAGCAUCAGAGAGCAGCUCUCUUGAUUCUUCCCUAGAAAGCAACUUGGCUUGCUCGACGCCCGAGGGCACUCUCUGCUCUCUAACAUUCUUAAGUGACGCCUCAGCUGUCUCUAUUUACUAAACACGAGUGGUAUGUUUAUAAUCAAUGUUCGCGUACACAAAGUGAUAAUAAAAUAGUUGUGUAGAGAUCACGCGUGGAAAUCACGCGCAAUUAAACGCGAACUUCGCGUGCUCGCGCUCCUCGCGCGAGAAAUAAUUAGUACUUUUGUGCUGAAAGUGAAGAUGCGUCGGUUAUCAAGUGAUCAUCUAUCGAGCCCACCAAUAACUUACACACCGUAAA